CCUUUGGAACAGGUGCGCUCGGUGACGUCACCCAACCCAGGAGCAGUGAGCACACAGAGCAGAGCAGACCGCAUGAGCAGCUGGAUAAAAUGACCCAUUCAUCAGCAGAGAGCGCAGUCAACAUGGAGGAGUUCUUCAAAACGGUGGGCGAGGUGAGGAGCCUCAUAGAGCAGAUCUCCAGUCGAACAGAGGAAGUGGAGAAGAGGCAUGGCGCCAUCCUCUCGUCUUCCAACCAAGACAAGGAAAACAAAGACAAGCUGGAGCUGCUGAACAGCGAGACCAGAAAAAAUGCCAACGUGGUCAGAGCCAAGUUAAAAACAAUGCAGACAAACUUUCCAGCAGAUGAGAACAGCGGUGUCUCAGUGAUCCAUCGUAUUCAGAGGAAUCAGCACUCACACCUGACUCGCUGGUUUGCUGACGURAUGAGGGAUCACCACAGGGCUCAGGGCUCCUUCCGGGAAAAAUGCAAAGCAAAAAUCCAGAGACAGCUGGAGAUCGUGGAUAAAGUGACAACAGAUGAAGAGUUGGAGGAGAUGCUGCUAAGAGACAACCUUGCCAUCUUCAUAUCAGAUAUGAACUCAGACGCCCAUGUUACAAGUCAAGCUCUGACUGAGAUUGAAAGUCGUCAUCAGGACAUCAUCAGCCUCGAAUCCAGCAUCAAAGAGAUGCACGAGAUAUUUGCAGACACGGCUGUUCUGUUGGAAAUUCAGGGGGAGUUGAUCAACAACAUAGAGAAGAACGUCACCAGCGCUGCGGAGUAUGUCGUCAAAUCAAAAGAAGAAACCAAUAAAGCUGUUUCCUUCAAGAAAAACCCUCACAAGAUAGUGUCUCUUCCAAACUUUUUCAAGCCCUUCAGGAAACAAUCCAGUCCUAAAAUGACAAAUACUGAAACUCCACCUAAAAUAAAAUCAUAACUGAUCCAAUGGAUCCUGGAAGAACACUGACAGAACCAAAUGUUCCCGAUUCAUUUCAAAGCCUGUGCUGUUUGGGUAACAUUUCCAAUUUAUGUCACCUGCCACCUUAUUUUAGAAGGUCAAUGAUAUAUCUGUUGUUUUACCUUAAGUGCCUGUGGCAUCAAAUGCUUAUAAUAAAUAUGAAUGCAUUUCCGUAAAGAUAACAUUGAUAAAGUUGCAAAAAAAAAUCCACACUGCUGACAUGAACAGCUGUUGAGAUGUGAAUUAACAGGAAGUGAUGUCAAAGGAGAAUGUCUYCACGUGAACAGAGCMUUGCUACAAUGACUGACACAACGUGCAGAGAAGUAUCUGAUGUUUCUUUAAAUAAUUUWGAGUCACUAACAGAUAAAUGAAGAAGAGUCAGAGUUCAAGUAAUGUUUCAAUAAACAAAGUCCAGAGAGUUUUUGCUAGACAUUUCCCUUUGAGGUCACUUCCUGUUUCCCUUUGGCUGAACCACGUUUAUAAGAAAAUGUGCAAAAGAAAAAAAGGCUAAAUUGUGUGUUUUACCAAGUUUCUUAAAUAUAAAUUUGUUUUCUUUGACAUUUUGCAUUUGAAGGAUGUGCAUGACACUUUAAACAGAAAAUGUGACUUUAGGGAGAAUGAGCUGCCAGUUUAAACUAAAAUGAUGCAGAGGAGCAUUGCAGUAUGACUAACAGGAAAUACUGUCACACCUACUGUUUUUACUCAAAAGGUUUUGGAUUUCUACACAGCAAAGCUGGUCAUUUGUCAGCAAUAUACUUUGAACAGCAGUUUCUGGUCCUAAACUGUUAAUUUUCACUGUUAACCAGCAGAUGGCACUGUGGCAUUAUGAGUGAGCUGUCACAGUUGUAUCUUGACUGAUUUUUUUUUCUGCAAUUUUGUAAUCUUAUACAGUUUCUGUUUAACCAUUAUAAUAUUUUAUUACAUGCUGUUGAACUAAACAGACUUGUCUAACCAUGUAAAUGUCAAAAUAAACUUUUUGUAAAUGUU